CCUCUCCACAAGUACUCCAAAUAAACCAAACCAGACCACUCCUCUCCUUCCUCCUCCUCCUCCUUCCUCUUGCCUUAGCUAGCUGGCUGGUGCUGAGGCCAGAUCGAUCGAGCCAGGCGAAGGCUCAAGGUGGUCUCUGGUCGAGGAAGGAAGGGCGAGAGGGCAGGCCAUGGGGCGCGGCAAGAUCGAGAUCAAGCGGAUCGAGAACGCGACGAACCGCCAGGUGACCUACUCCAAGCGCCGCACCGGGAUCAUGAAGAAGGCGAGGGAGCUCACCGUGCUCUGCGACGCCCAGGUCGCCAUCAUCAUGUUCUCCUCCACCGGCAAGUACCACGAGUUCUGCAGCCCUUCCACCGACAUCAAGGGGAUCUUUGACCGCUACCAGCAGGCCACCGGAACCAGCCUCUGGGUCGAGCAGUAUGAGAAUAUGCAGCGCACGCUGAGCCAUCUCAAGGACAUCAACCGCAACCUACGCACCGAGAUCAGGCAAAGGAUGGGCGAAGAUCUGGACAGUCUGGAGUUCGAGGAGCUGCGCGGUCUUGAGCAAAAUGUCGACGCCGCACUCAAGGAGGUUCGCCACAGGAAGUAUCAUGUGAUCACCACACAGACUGAAACCUACAAGAAGAAGGUGAAGCACUCCUACGAGGCGUACAAGAAUCUGCAGCAGGAGCUGGGUCUGCGCGAGGAUCCGGCGUUCGGGUUCGUGGACAACACCGGCGCCGGUGGGUGGGACGGCGGCGCCGGCGCCGGCGCAGCGGCGGACAUGUACGCCUUCCGCGUGGUGCCCAGCCAGCCUAACCUUCACGGCAUGGCCUACGGCGGCUCCCACGACCUGCGCCUUGGUUGAUGAUAUGUAAUAUAUCAUCGCCGCCGCCGCCGCCGCCUGCCCAGCUCGCCGCCGGCUGAGCUCGCCGGCCGGAUCGACACCGUAUCAAACUAAGUAGCUCCAUAUUAUCUCUAGACAGUACACUUACGUCGGCGAAUAAAUUACAAUGCUCGCGUAUUUACGUACGUGUUUGCGCAUGCAUUAUCAUCGAUCAUCGAUCCCCAUAUCGGAUCCAACUCCGUUUUAUCUACCAAAACCGCUUGUUUGUGCGAUUAUAUCCCAGCGGUUAAUCCGUGUGUUAUCUUGUCUGAUCUCUCACAACAUUUUGUACUAGCUAAUUAAUGAUGUAGCAUCAUGUAUGCGUUUGCAACCUUUUCAUGGGUAAUUUACGUACGUGUGUGUCCUCCUACCUGUGUUAAAUUAUUAGCUUUGACUC